AUGGAUGGAACCAGCCAUAUAUGCAUCGACGAUUCACUCGAUCAGCAGCUCGAACGCUUCUGGGAAAUCGAAAACUUCGAUGUCGGGAAGACCUACACCCACGAAGAGCAGCUCUGCGAAGACCAUUUCCAACAAACCGUUGGUCGCGACCAAGAUGGAAGAUAUGUAGUCCGUCUUCCGCUGCGGGAAGCGAUGCUUCCGUUGAUUGGAGAUUCCUACCCAGUUGCACUUCGUCGAUUUCAAUCCAUGGAAAAGAAAUUUAUGGCCGAUGAAGCUCUUCGAAAAGCAUAUCAAAGUUUUAUGUUGGAGUAUGAAGCACUUGGUCAUAUGGAGGUGAAUCCUUGCGCGUCGCGUGGCCCACAGUUCUUCCUGCCUCACCAUGCCAUCCACCGUCCUGAAAGCUCCACCACGAAAACACGAGUAGUGUUUGAUGGAUGCUGUCGAUGUUCCAGCUUGUCGCUCAACGAAGCUCUUUUUGUUGGUCCCACUGUACAACCAGCUCUGUACUCCACAGUUGUAAACUUCCGUAUGCCUCGCUAUGUAGUUACCGCUGACGUUACGAAAAUGUUCCGACAGAUAUGGAUCCAUCCGGAUGAUCGAAGGUACCAGCAAAUUUUGUGGAGGUACAAUCCAUCAGAACCGAUACGAACAUACCAGCUAAAGACCGUUACGUACGGCCUCGCCAGCUCCCCAUUUCACGCUGCUCGGGUGCUCAAUCAGUUGGCCAUUGACGAAGGAGGACGUUAUCCGUUAGCCGCUCAAGUCAUUCGCAACGGGACAUACGUGGACGAUGUACUCACAGGCCAUGAUAAUCGCGAUACACUUGCCGAAACAUGUAACCAGCUAAUGAAGUUGCUUGAAUGCGCUGGGUUCGUGCUGAGGAAGUGGGCAACAAACGACAUCGCUGUCCUGUCUACCGUUCCCCGUGAACUAUGGGAAACAUCGCUUGAAUUCGAACUGGAUCGAUCGCCUACCGUGAAGACAUUGGGGCUUCUCUGGUCCUCAGAAACGGACACAUUUAAAUUUAAAAUUCCAGUCCUGUCCUGUCGCAACUGGAUGUCGCUACCAAACGCAUCGUCGUGUCUGAAAUGUCCCAAUUAUUCGAUCCUCUUGGCCUGUUGGGACCCAUGGUGA